AUGAAUAAUAUUUUUUAUGAAUUGAAUAUAUUUAUCAAUCUAUUACAAUUGACACCUAAUCUUCAUACAGUUACAUGGAUAUCUAUAAAAAAUACUCUAAAAGAUUUACUUUCACUUCAAGAAAGUAAAGCUUAUCAAUUAGUAUCGAAACAAAAUCAAGUUAAAAUGAUCAUUAUUCAAUCUAAUUAUACGAAGAAAAUGAUGGAAGUAUUAAUUCAUCUUUGUCCUCGAGUUCAAUACAUUUCACUUGGUCUAUCUGAUCGAUCACUUGACGCCACAGCUCAUUAUCUCUUAUCAGAAAUUAAUGAUGCUACUCUUCAUUUAUUCUCAUUAUGUAUUCGAGUAGCAAGUCCACAUUGGAUUAAAUAUUGGAAAAUGAUUAUUCAAUUAAAGUUAUUGAUUCAAGCUUUUACUUAUGGUGGGCAGGAAUAUGUCUUGAAAUCCGGAGAGUAA